AUGGCCAGACAAUUCUUGAACAGCCAGACCGAAGAUGUCACCAUUGGAGAAGGGGUACAUCUCAUCAACACCGCUAGUCCAAACGAUGCGAGAGCCAAUAUGGAUGAUGGAACAUUUAUUGGAUCCGUUGAAAAUUACUUGAGGAAUCACGAAAUUAGGAUUAAAUUACCCGAACUUAUGCCGGAAGAAGGGGUUGGACGGGCUUUUAAAGUUGUUAUGGAUGGAUUUGAAAGUAACGACUUAGGUUCUCCAAGAGGUAAAGGUGGCCUUGGAGGAGGAAAAGGUGGUGGUUUAGGAGGAGUGAUGAUGAUGGGUUUGAUGAUGGGUAAGAUGAUGGCGGCUUUAGGUUUAGGAGGGGUGGGUCUUUUAGCGAUGAAAGCUUUAAUGGUAUCGGCGAUGGCGCUUAUGUUGUCGAUGAUUAUUGGUCUGAAAAAGUUACUAUCUUCGGACCAUGAUGAUGGUGGCCACACUGUAAUUCACGCUAGUCCGAGUCACGGAGGUGGUUACGAUCACAGAAAGAAACGGGACGCUGCUGAAAUGGCAUAUAAAGCGUGGAGUUCUUACAGCCAAAGUUAA